AGAGGGAAACAAAAAAAAAAGGAAAAGAAAAACGCAGAGAUGGUGAAGAAGGAGAAGAAAGCUAAUGUUUCCGGCAAACCCAAGCAUUCGCUCGACGCGAAUCGUGCCGAUGGGAAGAAGAAAACCACCGAGGGGCGUACUUCCGCCACAGUCCGCCGUCUCAAAAUGUACAAAACGAGGCCGAAGAGAACCCCCGGCGGUAAAAUCCUCAGCAACGAGUAUCAAUCGAAAGAAUUGCCGGACACGCGAAUCCAACCCGAUCGGAGAUGGUUUGGGAACACGCGUGUUGUGAAUCAGAAGGAGCUUGAGUACUUUAGAGAAGAGAUGAAAACUAAGAUGUCGAGUAACUACAAUGUGAUUUUGAAGGAGAGGAAGUUGCCUAUGUCUCUUUUGACUGAUAACAAGAAGCAAACGAGAGUUCACCUACUCGAUAUGGAGCCGUUUCAAAACACCUUUGGUAAGAAGACAACGAGGAAGCGUCCCAAGCUUGUAGCUUCUGAUUACGAAGCCUUGGUGAAGAAGGCAGCUGAUUCUCAGUAUGCGUUUGAGGAGUUGAAUGGGGCAGGUCCUUCUGGUGAAGGAGGAGAAGAGGAAGACGGGUUUAGAGACCUUGUUAGACAUACUAUGUUUGAGAAAGGACAGAGUAAGCGUAUCUGGGGUGAGCUCUACAAAGUCAUAGACUCCUCUGAUGUUGUUGUCCAGGUUUUAGAUGCUAGGGAUCCACAAGGUACUAGGUGUCAUCAUUUAGAGAAAACUCUGAAAGAGCAUCACAAGCAUAAACACAUGAUUCUAUUGUUGAACAAGUGUGAUCUUGUGCCGGCUUGGGCUACGAAAGGAUGGUUGAGAAUAUUGUCAAAGGAGUAUCCAACUCUAGCAUUCCAUGCAAGCGUUAACAAGUCAUUCGGAAAGGGGUCUCUUCUCUCGGUUUUAAGGCAGUUUGCUCGUCUGAAAAGUGACAAGCAAGCCGUAUCCGUUGGAUUCGUCGGGUAUCCAAAUGUUGGGAAAUCAUCAGUUAUCAACACAUUGCGUACCAAAAAUGUUUGCAAGGUUGCUCCAAUUCCUGGGGAGACAAAGGUUUGGCAAUACAUCACACUCACCAAGAGGAUUUUCUUGAUUGAUUGUCCUGGAGUUGUAUACCAGAGCCAUGAUUCUGAAACAGAUAUCGUCCUCAAGGGAGUGGUAAGAGUUACAAACCUGGAAGAUGCAUCUGAGCACAUUGGAGAAGUCCUGAGGCGUGUCAAGAAGGAGCACUUGCAGAGAGCCUAUAAAAUCAAGGACUGGGAGGAUGAUCAUGACUUUCUUCUUCAGCUAUGCAAAGCGUCUGGCAAACUUUUAAAGGGUGGAGAGCCUGAUUUGAUGACAGGAGCAAAGAUGAUACUCCAUGACUGGCAAAGAGGUCGCAUACCAUUCUUUGUACCACCUCCCAAGACAGAGGACAAGGCUUCAGAAGUAGAAGCAGAAGUCACAGUGCCAGGUAUAGACCAGGAAACUAUUGCUGAUAACAAUCAAGCAACUGCUGCAUUGAAAGCUAUCGCUGGCAUCAUGUCUUCCCAACAACAGAAGGAUGUUCCUGUCCAACGGGAUUUCUUCGACGAGAAAGACCUCGAGGGUGAUGAUAAAGCGAAGGGGUCGACUGAAACAGACGAGGAAAAUGGAACAAAUGCUCCAGAAGAUGAGGACAUGGUCUCAGAAGAUGGAGAGGAAAGUGACAAUGAUUCAGAUGAGGAUCUGGAGUCGGAAAAUGAAGAAGAGAACGAGUCAGACUCUGCCGAGUAAUGAAUGUUACAAAAUUUGGUUUUGAUACUUGUAGCUUUGUGUUAACUGAAAAUUGAGAAUCUUGGUUAAACCAAAUCUUUGUUAAACUAUUUAUUAUUCACAGAACAAGAUAUUAUUAGGAUGAUGUCUAAUGAUUAUUACCGAA